AAAUGAAUAAAACUUUUUAAUAAGAUUUUUUAAGAAAUCAAGUAGCAAUAGUAACAGGUGGAGCAACAGGGAUUUGUUAUGGUAUAAGUCUUGCGUAUUUGAAAUAUGGAUGCAAAGUUUUAAUAACAAGUAGAAAAGAGGAAGUGUUAAAAUAAUCAUGUAUAAGAUUAGCAAAAGAAUCAGGAAAUGAAAAUAUUGCUUAUUUUCCUUGUGAUGUUAGAAAAUUUGAAUAAGUGAAAGCAAUGGUUUAAUAUACAUUAGAUAAAUGGGGAAGAAUAGACAUUUUAGUGAAUGGAGCAGCUGGAAAUUUUUUAGUUCCUUUUGAAAUGAUGAGUAUUAAUGCAUUUAGAUCUGUAAUGGAAAUAGAUACAUUUGGAACAUUCCAUGUAUAUUUUGAAUAAUAAAUAGUGUUGUAAAGCAGUAGUAGGUAAAUGGAUGUCUAAAAAUGGAGGUGUUAUAAUAAAUAUUAGUACAACUCUACCACAUUGUGGAGUGGCACUUUAAUCACAUGCAGGAACAGCUAAAGCAGGUAUAGAUGCACUUACAAGACAUCUUGCUGUAGAAUUAGGACCUAAAAAAAUUAGAGUUGUUGGUAUUGCACCUGGAGCUAUUGAAAAAUCUGAAGGUUUUAAGAGAUUAAGAAUGGAUGAUAGUGUAAUUAAUUAAUUUAGAUCAUUUUUAGUCAGGAUUUGGAGAAGAUUUUGAAAAGUUAUUACCAUUAUAAAGAGCAGGAACUAAUGAUGAUAUUGCUCCAUGGGCUUUAUUCUUAGCUUCUGAUUGUGCAAGUUAUAUUACUGGUUAAACUAUCAUUGUUGAUGGAGGAGCAGUCAAUACUUUCCCUAAUUUUACUCUCUUAAGUAAAAAAGCAAGAGAUAUGUUAUAACCAAAAUUAUGA